CGUUUAGACGUGACCGAGGUAAAAAGCACUCAGGUAACUAACGAGAGUGAGAAGUAAUGAAAUGAAACAUGUAAAAUGCCUCGGUGAGUAUUCACUUUUAAUUGCGCAAAUCAGUCAAAUGAUCGACAGGAAAUACUACAUAUCUUCACGUAUGGAUAAAUAUGAAUUGAUGCGGAUAUGAAAACAAACCACAACUGUAUAUUAAUGCAAAGCCAAAGAGUGAAUUAUUUUCACGGUUAAUAUUUAAUAUUUAAUUCGACUAUAGAUAGGAAUUAUGACGAUUAUUCUGAUGAUACUGGUUUUGUUGGCAGUCUAUUUGAUCUGGUACACGGUGUUCCGGAAAUCAGACCUACCACCAGGCCCGUUGAAAUUGCCCAUUAUCGGUAAUAUAUGGUGGCUUGCUAUGCAGAAGAGGAGAAAAGUUCGAAUCCCAGUGGCAUUGUGUGAGGUUGCUAAGAAACAUGGUGACGUCAUUCACUUUCAGGUGGGAAAAGAGAAUAUUGUAUUUCUGCAAGGCUUUGAUGCAAUCAAUGAAGCGUUCGUUAACCAAGCAGACGACUUUAGUUUAAGGCCAGAUCGCCUUACUAAAGACAUUCAGAAACAAGGAAAUGGGGUUGUUAUGGAAAAUGGAAAUUCUCAUAGAGUGAUGCAAAGCUUUAUUAUGAAAUAUCUCAAUAGCGAUACGGCAAUCGUUGAAAAGAGGAUUCUUGUAGAAGUUGAAGCCGCGACGGAUUUUCUAAGUUCUGAGAAGGGCGGAUCACUCGACAUAAAGCUGCUGCUGUCCAUGAUGGUGACAAAUAUCAUCUACAAUGUUUUAUUCAGCAAGAGGUAUGAUUAUUCUGAUGAAACUUUACACAAGCUAAUCAACAACCUCGGGACAAUAUUCAAGAGUGGAUCACAGAUAGACGCCACAGCACUCAUACCAACAUUCAUCUUGAAACUUGCAAAAAAUGAAAAGAUGACGCGUGCAAAGCAGGAAACUGCUAAAGCCGGGCAAUGGGUGAAAGAUCAAGUUAUUGAGGAGAUAGCGAAUCACGAAGCCACGUACAACGAGAGCAAACUUCGAGACUUUGUUGACGUGUAUAUAAUGGAACGAAAGAAAGACCCCAAGAACGAUAUAUUUACAUUGGAUAGACUACAUUACGUGAUUAAGGAUCUCUUUGUGGCUGGAUCGGAGGCAUCCUCUGUCUCUCUCAACUGGGCUAUACUGUACAUGCAAGAAUAUCCAGAUGUUCAGCACAGGUGUCAACGGGAACUAGGGGAGAAAUGUGCCGACCGCAUCGUACGUUUGACAGACAGAGGAGCUCUGGUAUAUUUGGAAUCAACAUUGCUCGAGAUACAAAGGAUGUCCAAUGUUGCGGAAACUACACUCCCUCACACGACAGAUAAAGAAACAAGUUUUCGCGGAUAUUGUAUUCCCAAAGGUUCCAUAGUGCUUGCAAACUUGCUGUCCUCAAACAAGGACAACAGACACUGGGAUGAACCAGAUCUAUUUAUGCCAGAUAGAUUCCUCCAAGAUAAAGCCAAGAAGAAUCCAGCCUUUAUUCCACUUGGAUUGGGUCCACGUAGAUGCCUCGGUGAAAGUCUGGCCAAGAAGGAGAUAUUCUUGAUAUUUACCAACCUGCUGCAACGAUUCACCUUUCAGAGAGAGAAUGAGAACGUUAAACACACGUUUAGGUGUAUAGAUGGACAGCUUACAGCCACGCCUCUACCAUACAAGACAAAGCCUGUCAAGAGACAGUAACUUAUUAAUGGCACGGCACGUUCAGCGUUCGAGAUCUAUGAAAUUCUGCAGACAUGUAUACAGUACACAAAGUCUCUUCCUUGUAACAUACUAGUAGUAACACGAAGUUCUUAAAGCGAAAUCCAUACAAAAUCAACGUUUCCUCAACAUUUUAUUCGUCGAGAACUAAAAUAAACAAAAUCGACAACUUUUGAAAGAGCGUCGGUUCUAAAAUGAGAUUCGAGUUUUUCUUGAACUGAUUUUAUUUGAUUUGGAGGUGAAAGUAUAGAAACCUCUUUUCAGGAAUCACUUAUAUUAUUGCCUAUAAUCGUAAAACACUGGCAAUGUUUUCAUAUUUGUAUGCAUUUCCCACUUUUUGUUGUUGCUUCUUGAUUAAUGAUUGCUUAAUCAUUUUUACUUGCAUUUUAAUUAUAUAUUAUAUUCAGGUCAGUUGGCUUCAAUAGGCGUAUAUUUGCUAUAUCGAGAAAGUGAAAAUCUCCACGCGCUUUCAAUUUACUUUUUUGCAGCUGUGUUAAUUCACGCAAAUUCUCAUUUCAACCGUCGUUUUAUUUUGAAAGAGUUCUAACUGGACUUCUGGGAAUCGAGGUUUUACAUUUUUGGAUCUGUCUGCAUGUGUUAAACUAGGUAAAAUAUGUCUUUGUAUAAAUUUAUAGAAUCUUGAAAGCAAAUCUAUCACUACACGGUAAUUGAUCAUGUGGCAAACUUAUGAUAUUGUUCUGUCUAAAUGCGUUACAUUUUGCUUAUAUAAUAAAUACUCUUGUAUUAGAAUAAUUAUUGUACCUGCACAGUAGUAAUUUAUGUUUUCGUUGUUUCAGCAAUAAACGACUUCUAGCAGUAGUUUCUGUCA